ACCAUUUUUUGUAAACAGUUGCAAUGUGACUUGCAGUAAAAGUUCAGUCGGGAAUGCAACCCCUUUCCAACUGAGAAAUAAAUGUAAAUGAACAGUGUCAUGGAUCUCACGUGUGUUAUUCUGAUCUUGACCCAGUUCGUGUGGCCUCUGUGGACUCAAGUCAUCCACCUCACGGACAUGUACGGGACCAUCCAGUCCCCGAACUUCCCCGAAUCAUACCCGAAGCAGACAGAAAUACAGUGGAAUAUAACAGUACCGGACGGAUAUCAAAUCCGACUUCAUUUUAUGCAUUUCGACAUCGAGCCGUCAUACUUGUGCGAGUACGACUACUUAAAGGUAUACUCAGACACUGAGGAGUUGGCCGUGUUUUGUGGAAAAGAGAAUACAGACACAGAGCAUGUCCCUGCUGAUGAUGUCAUUAUGUCCCCUGGGAGAACGAUCAGUGUGGCAUUCCGUUCAGACUUCUCAAAUGAGGAACGUUACUCUGGCUUUGAGGCCCACUUUAGCGCAGUUGACAAAGAUGAAUGCCAGGUCAGAAAUGAUGAAGAUCUUGUGUGUGAUCAUUUUUGUCACAACUACAUUGGUGGUUUCUACUGCUUCUGUCGUUAUGGGUUCCUGCUUCAUUCCGACAACAGAACCUGCAAAGUGGAAUGUAAUGAAAGUGUGUAUUCGGAGCGGUCUGGAGAGAUCACCAGUGCAGAUUUCCCUAAACCGUACCCCAAAAGCUUGGACUGCAUGAACCGAAUUGAGCUGGAGGAGGGAUUUCAAAUCACUCUGGAGUUUGAUGACACCUUUGACAUAGAAGACCAUCCUGACGUCACCUGCCCUUAUGACUUUGUUAAAAUUCUGGCCGGUGACAAAGAUUUUGGUCCGUUUUGUGGAGAUCAGUCACCAGGGAAGAUUAAAACAGGAAGUAACAUGGUCGGCAUCCUGUUUCACAGUGACAACUCUGGAGAGAAUCUAGGCUGGAAACUCACCUACACCUCUACGGGUUCUAAAUGCUCUCCUCCCACGACACCCCUUAAUGGACAGUUAGAGCCUCUGCAAUCUAACUACAUCUUCAAAGAUCACGUCACGGUGACCUGUGACUCUGGUUAUUCAUUGAGAAAGGGUGAUAAAGAAUUUGAGCAUUAUCAGAUUGAGUGUCAGAACGAUGGAAAAUGGAGCAGCGAUAUCCCGCUAUGUAAAAUGGUCGACUGUGGUGCAGUAGAUUUAGUACUGGGUGAGGUGGUUUUUCAGAGCUUUGGGAACAGUACUGUGUUUGGAUCCAGAAUACAGUACAGCUGUAAAGACACUCCCACACUCAACAACACAUAUACCUGUCAUCAGAGUGGGCAAUGGGUAAGUGAGGAUGGGACACAGCUACCCAUCUGUCUACCAGAAGGAGAUGAAAAAUACUUGAGAACAAAUCCUGACCCCCAGCUUCCGACUCCACUAACAUGUGGUGAACAGUCCCAGCUCUUCCCUGCCCAACAGAAGCGAAUCGUUGGGGGGAAAACAGCAUCACCCGGUCUGUUCCCCUGGCAGGCCCUUCUCUCUGUAGAGGAUGCAUCUCGUGUCCCUGAGGACCGCUGGUUUGGCAGCGGAGCUCUGCUCUCCCCAUCUUGGGUUCUCACGGCGGCUCAUGUGCUCCGCUCUCAUCGCCGUAAUCUUUCCAUCAUCCCUGUCGCUGCUGAACACAUCCGAGUCCACUUGGGCCUCACGGACGUACGGGAUAAGCACACAGCCACCAACCGUUCUGUAGAGAGAGUCAUCCUCCAUCCACAAUUUGACCCUCAAAACUACAACAAUGACAUUGCACUGGUUAAACUCAGCCAGGAGGUGGCACUCUCUGAGUUAGUGCGACCUGUCUGUCUACCAAAGCCUGGCAUAGGGGGUCAAGACGUAAUGCCUUACACCCUUGGCGUGGUGGCAGGUUGGGGCAUCAACACAGCAAACGCUUCUGCCUCCACAAGCGGUAUGACGUCUGAUUCUGGUGCUGUCUCUGAACUCCUCCAGUAUGUGAAGUUGCCGGUUGUGCCACAAGAUGAAUGCAAAGCUAGCUAUGCUUCACGCUCCGUCAAUUACAAUAUCACCAGUAAUAUGUUCUGCGCUGGCUUUUACGAGGGCGGGCGGGACACCUGUUUGGGUGAUAGUGGGGGAGCUUUCGUCAUCCAAGAUGACCUCAGUGGCAGGUGGGUGGCACAAGGACUGGUGUCCUGGGGCGGGCCAGAGGAAUGUGGUAGUCAGAGAGUGUAUGGAGUGUACACACGGGUGGCGAAUUAUGUGCACUGGCUUCACACGCAUAUGGACAUAUAGGCCACUGGCAAUGACGGAAAAUAUCAUUGAAGGAGCUGGAUUUCUCUCCUUUUUUCUAAAUUUAUCUGUUUUGUGUCAAUUUUAAAUUUCUCCCCACUAUGUCUUUGUAAUAUCCCUUAAAUGCCUUCUUCUCCUCAACUUAAUGGAGGUUUGUUAGAAUUACUUCAUAUAGUGCUAUGAAGUUCUACAUUCUAUGUUCUGUUCAAUAUUCUGAUAAACCUCUUACAAAGAGCAGAUUUAUGUACAUUCUAAAUCAAAGAUGUCUUAAAGACAUCAGCUUAAUGUAUUUUUUGACAUUCGAGAGGAAACUUCUUAUUGUCGUGACGUAUUGCAGAAUAUGUCUUCCAGAUGAAAACAUGCACAUCACAUAGAUGAUGAUGGGCGAUGAACCACAUGGGUGAUGAACAUGCGCUAUCAGUAUUUUGGCUUUUGCUUGCAUGUUCUCCUUUUCAUCUGCUGUUAUCUAAAAUUCAUAUUGUCCUCAAAGUGGAUUAUUCUCCAGUACUCAUUAAGCCUAUAUCAGUAUUAGCAUGUAUUAUAUAUUCUAACACAAAAUGAUGAACAAGCAAAUGUACAAUAUUAUAUCUCUUCAAUAUAUGUUAUAAAUAAUUUACACCAGAUGAAAUGGGUUGUUUUCCAUUAUUCACCAACAAAAUGUCUAAGCACAUUUUUGAAUGCUAGAUUUAAAUAAAGAAAACUAUAAUCUCUUUUAACUUCUGAAUUAGGGAGGUUACACUCCUAGUU